CUCGCCACAGUCGCAGUUCAGACAUUUAGCAAUGCAAAACUAUUUGCUUUCCUUUGCUAUUUUAUUAGUUGGUUUAGUGGUCGCCAUAAAGUGCGCAGCAGUAAAUGCACCACCAGCCAAUAUCGACUUCUAUAAGCUGUAUGACAAUCCGGAAGCCCAUAUAACUUUUAAGGAUCGACGCACAACACGUGAUCGCAUUGCUGCACAUGGAUAUCCCGCGGAACACCACCACAUUGUCACCGAGGAUGGCUACAUAGUGGGCGUCUUUCGUAUACCUUAUUCCCACAAGCUGCAGAAUCAGAACAAGAUCCGUCCCAUUGUAUUAAUUCAACAUGGACUGACAAGCUGCUCGGAUGCUUGGAUACUUUCGGGUCCAAACGACAGUCUUCCUUACCUGCUUGCUGACGCCGGUUUUGAUGUCUGGCUGGGAAAUGGGCGUGGCAACACCUAUUCGAGGAAUCACACAUCACGCUCGCCUCUACAUCCUUACUUCUGGCGCUUCAGCUGGCAUGAGAUUGGGUACUUUGAUAUAGCAGCUAUGAUCGAUUAUGCCUUGAAGACCAACGGGCAGGGACAGCAGUCCAUUCACUAUGUCGGCCACUCCCAGGGCACAACUGUCUUUUUCACACUGAUGUCCUUGCGACCCGAGUACAAUGAGAAGAUCAAAACAGCUCACAUGUUUGCGCCCAUUGCGAUAAUGACUAACAUGGAAAAUAAGUUAGUCCGCAAAGUGGGACCCUAUCUGGGACAUCGGAAUGAAUACUCGCUUUUGUUUGCAGAUCAGGAAUUUUUGCCAAACAACGAUUUUCUGCUGAGUUUGUUCUCCAACUUUUGUGAUGCUGAUAAUGAACUGAGACCCGUUUGCGAAAAUGCUCUACAAAAUUGGUCCACUGACAGUCGUUCGAAUAUGACUGCUAUGCCGGAUGGCUUGGCCACACAUCCUUCCGGCUGCUCCACCAAUCAAAUGCUGCACUAUCUCCAGGAGCAGCAGUCGGGACACUUUCGUCAGUACGAUUACGGGCCUCAAAAGAAUCUGGAAAUAUACAAAUCGGAGCAGCCACCAGAAUACCCAGUUGAGAAUAUAAGCUCUGAGCUUCAUUUAUGGUACUCCGAUAAUGAUAAUAUGGCCGCUGUGGAGGAUGUCUUGGCGCUCUCCGAUCGACUGCCAAAUAAACGGCUGCAUCAUAUGGAGGAUCCUAUGUGGGAUCACGGGGAUUUUGCCCUUAACAUAGAAGUACGCAAAUAUUUGAAUGAGCCAGUUAUUGAGAUAAUGAAGAAGUACGAAGAAAUGUGAUUAGGUUCUGCGUUUUAGAAAAUAAUUUAGUUUUUAUUUAAGACUAUUUUUAAAAUGUUUUAUUGAUUUAUUUUUAUCUUCAACAAGUUCUGGGAGGUCUGAAGCAAUAAUUUUUAUGAUUAAUAUAAUCUACAGUUAGUCGCAAUCAAUGUUAAUAAAACA